AUGGCCGCCGCGAGCGAUUCCUCGGUUGAUGUGCUUAUUCUUGGGGCGGGCCCGUGCGGGCUGGGAGCGGCCACGCGGCUGCAUCAGCUGGGGCAUAAGAACUGGGCACUAUAUGCAGAUUAUCACAAUGGAAAGUGGCCCACUCCCCCAGAAGUUUCGGAAUGGACAGUGUUUGUCUUGCACGAAAGAACCAGAAGUGUCUGCGAUCCUAAGGUUAGGCGUUGCGAGCACCGUCGCUGACGUCGCAAAUUCUGCGAUAGCUGGGCCUUUUUGCAACGCAAACUUUUGCUAUGCCACAGGGAUGAAAAUUUGUGGUGCUGGUAUAUGCUUGUAUGAUGGGGAAUGUUUCUGCUGCGUGGACCUUCCCGUACUGCUCGGAUGUUCCGUGCAGCUCAUGGACUCUCUGUGGCUUUCGGUCUGGUAGCGCAGUCUGUUUACAUACACAACGGAGAGCUUUCGCAACACGAACACCUCCGUCGUGAUUGACCGACCGAGAUCGGCGAGCAAUACAUAGCUGUAGAUGCUGGCCCUGUGCCAUGCGAGUGUCGGUCAGGUGCUCCCGCGUUGCGUUGACCCUCAGCGACUGCGAUUUCGCUUUCGGUGGCGAAGUCUCUUGUAGCAAUACGAACGCAUUCCGUCUCUGGGGGUGGAUUCAUUUUUCACCACGAUACAGAUUGCAAGGAGGCAGGCGGACUGGCCAUGACGGACGUCACGAAGGAGGGCUUCCUAUUUGACAUGGGUGGCCACGUGAUCUUUUCCCACUGGAACUAUUUCGACCAACUCCUCGACACAGCAGUUGGAACGGGAGACGAGCACUGGAACACGCACCAGCGGGUAUCCUACGUCUGGAUCCGUGACAGGUGGGUGCCUUAUCUAUCCAGUGCAACUGAUCGACUUUCAGUCGACGUGGGUUGGUGAGGGAAGAUUCACGUUACCACGUGCAUGAGUACGAAUCGUGAGUCCGGAUCUGUUACGUUUCCACUUUUAGUUUUGUCUUCAUGUGGAUGUGUUUUCUUCCCCUGCGGACUCCGUGACCCCUUUUCAGUGGAUUCUAGCCGUUCCAGAACAACCUCUACAUGCUGGACCAGAACGACAAAAUUGAAUGCAUCAACGGCGUUUUGGAUGCAGCAAAGGUACUUAGCUUUCUAGUGGGGAAAACAAGGACGCAUGUUGCUGUGCCAUGUCUGCAUUUUUCUGAUUAAGUUUUCGAAGGCUCCUUAGGUGAGUCGAACAGAUUGAAUUCACCAUGAAGGGUGUUUCGGAGCAGACAAUUUUACUGCAACAACUGCAGGUCACAGCCGCACCCGGAAAUUUUGAUGAGUGGAUCCUGAAAGUGAUGGGCAACGGCAUUGCCGAUUUGUUUAUGAGACCCUACAACUUCAAAGUUUGGGCGUAUCCAACGAAAGAGAUGAGCUGCCAGUGGCUGGGAGAGCGAGUGGCCACCGUGGAUGCGAAAAAGGUUUGAGUUUUACUUUCUUGUUAACAAAACACCCGUUGCUAUUAUCAAGGAAUACUGUGGUCUCGGUGGACUACCGCAACCUGCAACUCCAAUCACGAUGACUACUAUCAUAUGCUGCUGCGGUAUCUUAUUUGGAGCGGUAGUGGCUUGUUCCGCAUUGGACCCUCGAAGAUAUUAAUGCUCAGGACCUAAAGAGUAGUCACAUCAUCCAAAAAGGUGAUCGCUAACGUGAUCAAGAACCAACCAGACGCCGGCUGGGGACCCAACGCGGUGUUCCGCUUCCCAAGGGAGGGAGGCACGGGCGGAAUAUGGAAGAAGGUCGGGGCUCUGAUACCAAAAGACAAGCAGAAGUACUUUCGGCGGAUAGUAAAGAUUGACACGGAGCAGAAGUGUGCGCAUUGGCGGCAGCUCGGAGAGGACGGUGUACAACUGACAAAAACACAUCGUUUUUUUCCUUGUCCUGAUGAGCCGCGUAAUAUGUGCUACUUAACGACUAGCUUCUUCCAUGACCUCCACUAUUAGUCGACCAGAGUGCGUACUGUUGUGGCACGAUGCUCCUUGCACCAGGUCAGUCUGUUUAUUUCACAGCUUCGACAAGAAGCUUCUGACAGCACCGCUGUUUGUUUGUUGAAUUCGUGAAAAAACUGAAAACAGACGACGGAGACGGGCGAAGGCGGCGUGGUGCAGUAUAACAAGCUCCUGACGACGCUGCCACUAGACGAGACGGCGAAGUGGGCCGGGGUCGAGUACCCAGAGGGGAAAAAGUUGCACUUAUCCUGAGUAAAAACGUACCCACACCAUAGUUGUCAUGCAAAUCUGCAUGCUUAAAAUGUUUGUCAUGCGGAGCCCCAUGAGAAGCACUUUCUAAGGGUGUUUUGAAAUUUGUCAUGCUCCAAUCAGCAUGAGAGACUAGAUCUGUAAUGCUGCUGAACUAGCUCAAACAGCACUACACUACGCGUCCAAAUUUGUCAUGCGAAACAAGCAAAGUUGGCCGAUUUGUCUAGCAGAUUUUCCAUCUUGACUCUGGUGUGGGUACGUUUUUACUCAGGAUAGCACUACUCCUCCACGCACGUGGUCGGUAUCGGACUCCGGGGAGUCUCUCCACACGACGUGAAAUGUUGGCUCUACUACCCGGAGGAUAACUGUCCCUUCUAUCGGUGCACGGUAUUCAGCUUCUACGCAAAAAACAACUGCCCGCCGGACGACAAGAAACUUCCGACCUUGCGGCUCUGUGACGGCACCGUGCCCGCCGACGCGGGCGAGUCGCGCGCCGGCCCCUACUGGUCCCUUAUGUUCGAGAUCAGCGAGAGCGCUGCCCACAAACCAGUGGAUUUGCAGAAGGUCGUCGAGGACACCAUUCAAGGUGCCAUAAACACCAAAAUGGUCCAGUCAACCGACGAAAUUGUCUCCAUCUACCACGUAUGUACUGCAAACGCGUCGGGGUUAGUCUUGGGGAGAGUCUGGCAUCAUACUUUUAAUGCUUUUUUGUAGCGCCACAAAGUAGAACAUCUACAUCAUGAUUUACGUUGGUUUCUUUCGUGCCGGCCUGCAAGAAGGCAGUUUUUUUGUGGCGCCGAUAAUUAGGGCCACGGCUCAGGUAGGUACCUAUGCAUGGGAUUUGUACCGCUCCCAAAGGUUCUGUUUGACAUGUACUGCAACGUUGGCGGAACGUGCUGUUUUUGAACAUCCUUUUAUUUACUCCACCCCGGCGUAUUUGCAGUCGAUGCCGCAGGAGGUAACUUUGCUGUUUUCUGCAUUCCGGCUUUCUUCGCAGCGAAGUACUUUACUCAUCUCCCCUUUGUGGAUGUUGUUUUUGUUUUUCAUUUUAUCCGAUAAAAUGAGUUGAGCCCUUUAUUUUCGUAGAGGUGCGCCUAAAGGCGGUUUCAAAAAACGACAAACCUCUGUAAGGCUCGAGAAGGGAUACCCAACUCCGCACGUAGACCGGGACACAUGUAUCCAGAAAAUCUUGCCGGAGCUUCGCAAAAAGGACAUCUUUAUCACACAGAAAAAGUCUAGCAUGCCGCAUUUGUAAUGCAAUAAUGACAUAAAAGAAACUGGAGUUGGACUUAGAGACUCACAGAAGAGGGGCUACCUCGUUGUGCAUGGGGUAUCGUAUGACGAACCUUGGUUCGUGCAUUGUACAUGUAUCCUUCUAGCUUUUUUCUGUGGGAAAAUCUGGAGCCGAGGAAGAUUUGGCGCGUGGAAGUACGAAAUCGGCAAUCAGGACCACACCUGCUUGCAAGGUGUAGAAGCAGUCGACAACAUACUUUUUGGUGCAAAAGAAUUCACGCUGGAAUUUCCGGAUAAGGCAAAUGCCAAGAAGAACACGGAGUUGCAAUUCGAGGCCAAGCCACUCAACUAAAUCAUCAUUCUUUGUAAAAGUUUUUGGGCGCAACAUAUGGACCUUCGGUAGAUUUCGUUUUCCCGAGGAAAUUGUAAGGGCACAGAAUUGGAGAAUAGGGAUACUGAAUGCUCAGAAUUACGAUGGACGCAGCAACGUUUCUGUGUGCUUGUCAUGCCGCCUGAUUCGCCUCGGGAGUCAGUUUCCUCAAUGUUCAUUACCUAGGAGAGAAAAUAGUCCUCGAGGUGCAGUCGAGGGCUGAUUGGCUUGACACCAUGAGUGAUGUUUUGGAUUUGUGUUUUGCUUUGUAUGUUUCGUCGAGUGAAGAUGGACUCUGCGGCCCUCAAGUCAGUGUCUCGAUUUAUUUUCGAUGUCAUGCGUUUAUUGACAUGCGCCAAACAAUGAGGACAGAAUGGUUGCCGCCGCGCAAAGCUUCUCGGGCCUGCACCAUAACCUGGUUGGUGCCACUGUGAUAUCCAGCCUAGGUGUUUCCGCGGAUCAAUCGGUGCCGGGGUCCUCUCGACUCCGCGACAACACCAGGACCACGAGUAGCAAAACGCCGACGAGGUUGCUUUCGUUUCGCGAAGUGGCAGAGCACAAGUGCGGCACCAUGUCGCCCGGUGGGGAGCAUGGCGACUCUAGCCGGCGAAAUAUCAAGUCCAAAUAUGUCUGGGUCUAGAAAGAUGCAGCGAGAUGUGUCUUUGUCUUCCGGAGUCUUGCAGGACAGAGCGGCGCCUUGAUGUACGGUACGAACACAUCACAAAUUUCAUUUUGGGUGGUGUUGCGAGUAUUGCGGGUGCCUUGUUUUGCAUGACAAACUGGCUUCCAGCACGACAAAAAAAGAAAGUGGUCAUUCGUAUUCAUGCACUACAGAUCUCGCGGUCUAUCAAAUUUCGCAUCACCAAAAAUCUUGCCCCAGACAUAUUUGCAACGCAUAUGAAACCGGCC